AUGAGCCACAAGUACAUCCUUCAGGGGAAUUCCCCCCUUCGCAAAGCGGUAGAGUGUCUGCUUCAGAUGUUCUCCGUCCCGGCCGAUCACGUCAUUGCAGAGGGCGAACACUUUGCUGUAAAAGACGGGUUGAUGACCCACGUUGGCAUUCUUCCUCUUCUUACGGUGCUUCGCAGUACCACACAAAACGCUGAGCUACAAGCAUUUGUCGGGGUGGAGGCGGAAGUACGCCCGUUGGUCAAUCAAUGGGUCUCCACAGCGCUUCUUCUCUCAGCGGAUGUUGUGAGUGAUCGGGCCAUCUCCUGCACAACAACGCCCCUUGCCAGACACGUUUUUGCAGAGGUUGAACGUUGUGUAGAAAGCUUUGGCCUAAAACAGAGUUUCCUGGCGGGAACUCCACGGGCGACUGUUGCAGACUUUCUUCUCUAUGCCGCUAUUCACGGUUACCCGAAUGGGUUAACCGAGGCACUGCCAUCCACGUUGGCGUGGUCUCUCCACGCGCAGAGCGACGCGUACCUUGCCCCAAUUCUUUCGAAAUCUGGAGCAGAGGCGCUGGCGGCGGCCAAGGCGCCAAAUGCAAAGAAAGUGGUGUAUGCAAGGCCGUCAGUGGAGGAAAUUUUGCGCCGACGUCAGGAGAAGGAGAAGGAGAAGCAGGCAAAAUUGGCGCAGACAGCCAAGAGUUCUACUUCCGCGACAUCGUCUGGGGCGCAAGAGGGUAAUGCACAGAAGAAGAGCGAAUCGGAGGAUGCGGACGCUGCACUUGGUCCUAACCGGCUUAGCAUUCGUGUUGGGCGCUUCAACAAGGUCGAGCGGCACCCAGACGCCGAUCGUCUCUACGUGGAAGAGAUGGAUCUUGGUUCAGAGAAGCGGACAAUCGUCUCUGGUCUCGUGGAACACUACAAGGCGGAGGAAUUGGAGGGGUCCCUAUGCCUCAUCGUAUGCAACAUGAAACCGAAGCCACUUAAGGGCAUUACUUCAGAGGGCAUGGUGCUUUGUGCAUCCAAGACAGACACACUCCGCCUCGUUCGUCCACCGGAAGGGGCCAAACCCGGCGAUCGCAUCAUGUUUGCCGACGCUUUUAAUGCGGAUGCGCCAGAAGAAAUGAAACAAUUGUCUGGCAAUGUCAUGAGUGGGCUGAUUGGGUUCCUUCACACCGACCAUGAGGGCGUUCUGCAUUGGCGAGAUGUCCCCGCACAGCACGCUAAUGGGGUAAUAAGGGUUCCCGAUGUCACGAACGCAGUUGUGAGGUAG